AUGUCAUCAAAAUCAAAAAAGACUGUAACAUCGUCGACCAAUAUAAGUGUUGUGUCUUCAGUGCAAAGCCCUCCUCAAUCAAGCACUCCUGUUGGUAGCCGCCCUUCUAGUUCAGCCGGUCGGCCCAAUAGCCCAUUAAGUCCAACAAGACAUACUCGUCUACAAGAAAAAGAUGCGUUACAAAAUCUUAACGACCGCCUCGCAGCUUAUAUCGAUAAGGUUCGCCAGCUCGAAAGUGAGAAUUCAGGAUUACGCCGAGAGAUACAAACAACACAGGAAGUGGUUACACGUGAGGUUUCCAACAUCAAGGGGAUGUAUGAGCAUGAAUUACAAGAUGCCAGAAAACUCUUAGAUGAUACGUCCAGAGAGAAAGCCAAACUGGAGAUUGAUUUGAAGAGGCUGUACGAGGAAAACGAUGACCUGAAAAAGCGUCUAGAUAAGAAGACCAAGGAUUGUCAGCAGGCUGAAAAUUUGGCUCGUCACUAUGAGACCCGCUACACCGAGGAGAGUAACAAAUAUAACACAGCACUCGCUGACAAGAAGAAGGCUCAAGAUGAGGCCAGGGAUUUGGCGAAGGAGUUGGAGAAAUUACGCAAGGUGUACGCCGAAGCGCGCAAGACUUUGGAAGAUGAGAUGCUGUGUCGUAUUGAUAUGGAGAACACGGUGCAGAGCUUGAGGGAGGAGCUGUCCUUCAAGGAGCAGGUGUUCCAGCAGGAGAUGCAGGAGACGCGCACACGGAGACAGGUGGAAAUAUCUGAGAUAGACGGACGCCUGGCCCAGCAGUAUGAGGCGAAACUUCAGCAGAGCCUUCAAGAACUGCGCGAACAGCAGGAAGCUAAUAUCAAGGCGAAUCGUGAUGAAAUAGAAGCCUUAUACGAGAAUAAGUUGAAGAACCUCCAAUCAGCGGCUACUCGUAACAACACAGCAGCCACCGUGGCUGUAGACGAGCUAAGGACAAUGAGGACCAGGAUCGACUCGUUGAACACUACACUCAACGAUCUGGAAAACAAGAAUGCUGCUCUCAGUAACCGCUGCCGUGAACUCGAACGCCAACUAGAAUCCGAGCGAGCUCGUCACGCCGAGGAUCUGGCGUCGUUGGAACAGGAGCUGGCGCGGCUUAGAGACGAGAUGGCGUCCCAGUUGAGGGAGUACGCCACGCUCAUGGACAUCAAGUGCUCGCUGGACCACGAGAUAGCUACCUACCGCACGCUCUUAGAGGGCGAGGAAGAUAGGUUGAACCUCACAUCUCAAUCGCCCGGCCGUGAGUCCCGUGCAUCAAUGAGUGCGUCAGGUAGUGGUCGUGUGACUCCCGGUCGUCGCGCGACGCCUCUCCGCGCCGCUCGUAAGCGCACUUUGUUAGACGAGAGUGAGGAACGAAGCCUUCAAGACUUCAGCGUCACGUCCAGCGCUAAAGGAGACUUGGAAGUAGCAGAGGCCUGCCCGGAGGGAGCGUUCGUUAAGAUACGCAAUAAAGGAAAGAAGGAGCUAAGCCUCGGCGGUUAUCAAAUCCUUCGUAAGGCUGGUGACCAGGAGACAGUGUUCAAGUUCCACCGCACAGUGAAGCUCGAGCCGGGCGCCGUGAGCACGGUGUGGUCAGCAGACGUGGGCGCUGACCACGAACCGCCCACGAGCAUCGUCAUGAAGGGACAGAAGUGGUUCGUGGCAGACUCGUUCGUUACAUCGUUACUUAAUAAUGAUGGAGAAGAGGUAGCCGUAUCUGAGAGACAACGACGACAGAUCAGUACAAGUGCACAGCGACACCGCGAAUUAGCACACAAGUUCCCACGUCGCGAACAGCAACUGGGGGAAAUUCGUGAAGGUGAAGAGAAUUGUCGUAUUAUUUUAGAGGAUUUACCGGAUAAUCUUUUCGGUUGGAAGAAGACCGGCACCUGCUAUCAGAUAUGUGCGUCAGUGUUAUUUGGUUUCGUGUUAUUCCUUCCUGUGAGUGAAAAUUAUCAAGCUGCUAUGGACACUGCCAGUAAAAACUUGAAACGCUUUAAGAAAAUUCCCAUUUACGUAGUAGAGGAACAUAACGACGCAUUGCAAUUUAUAUAUUCCGCGAUCGGUGGCAAUAAGUUACCCGUAGAAGGGACAACCUUACUGCAUCUAGAUGCGCACCCAGACAUGCUCAUAGAUCGUAAAUUAAAAGGCAGCGAAGCUCGAUCGGGGAGAAAGCUCUUGCCUUUGUUGCAAAUAGAAAAUUGGAUAGCACCCGCGGCCGCCGCCGGCCACAUAGGACGAGUGGUGUGGCUCCGACCGCCCUGGGCGAAACAAUUCACUGACGGAACUCGCGUCAUACACGUCGGAGAUCACCCCGACACUGGUUUACUUCGAGUAGAUUGCAAGGAAUCUUAUUAUAUGUCCGACGCUUUGUAUUCCGCCAAGUUGACAAACAAGAAGAAAUUCAUAUUCACCGUAGCAGAACUCGCUGAUAAUAAUAUAGACAGCAUUACAACGCUGUUACAAUCACUGAGUAUAACUGAGCCAUACGUACUAGACAUAGAUUUAGACUUCUUCAGCACGGGAAACCCAUUCCUCGAUCUGUACAAAAAUAUUCAGCUAUACGAUCGACUGGAGCCAAUAUUCUCGUUCAAGAUGCCGUCCGAUACUGACGAGCUUACCUUACAGAGAUUCAAUGAAGCGAGGGAGAAUCAACUCGAUGAAUUAGAAAAUAUGUUUGCGUGUUUAGAAAAACAUGACAACUUAGAAAAAUACAAAGGACCAAAGACGGAAUUGUAUGAACAGGUGGAUUUCAUACAAUCCCUAGUAUUAAAGACACUACAAGAGGUGUACGAAACUGAUGAACCUGUGAUGCAUUAUUUAGAUAAUUAUUAA